AUGUCUUUGCCAAAGAUUAUUGAAUAUACCAAAGUAGACUAUGAUAAGAAGAAUAAUAAAACUAAUCAAAUGGCUAUUGAAAAUGAACUUUUGAAUUCACUCAAUGUUAUCAAUGAAAACGUUAAACAAACCCUUCAAAGUUUAGAACUUUUGAAUUCACUCAACGUUAAAGUUGAUAUUAACAACGAAAACGUUAAACAUACCCUUCAAAGUUUAGAAUUUUUGAAUUCACUCAACGUUAAAGUUGAUAUUAUCAACGAAAACGUUAAACAUACCCUUCAAAGUUUAGAACUUUUGAAUUCACUCAACGUUAAAGUUGAUGUUAUCAAUGAAAACAUUCUUCAAAGUUUAGCAGGCUUUGAUAAAAGAAUUCAGGAUCUUGAGAAGGCGAAUUAUAACCGAAUUGCUAGUUGUUCUGCCGGAUUUGACGAAUGUCCCGAACUUAGAACUACUUCGGACGAACCUUUCAGUAUUAAUUUAAUUAAUCUUGAAUAUGAAAUACUUAAUAAUAGAAUUCAAAAUCUAGAGUCAACGAACCUUAAUUCUUAUAAUUUAUAA